AUGGAGGGGAGGAUUUGUGCUUUAGCUGUUCUGUGUCUGGUGUUGUCCAGCGUUGGAGCCCUUGAGGUCGUCAUCCCGCAGAAAGAAUAUGAGUUUGCCAGAGGGGACAACAUCACACUGCCCUGCAGCUUUAAAUCCAAGCUUCCUAAACCCUCACUAGUCAUUAUCUCAUGGUCGGCUGAGGCUCCAACUGCUAACAUCCUGAUCCUCACCUACUACUCUAAUACUGGACUCACUGACAUCAAGUCAAUAUAUGAAGGCCGAGUGUCUCUGGGCGGAGACCCUCGUACUGGCCAGGCAAACCUGAAACUGUCCUCCAUCACGUUGGCAGACAACAAAAUGUUUGAGUGUCGUGUCAUGAUUCCAGGUGAUGAUGAGGGAAAACCAGCAGCCAAUGUACGGUUGGUUGUCCUAGUGGCCCCGUCCAAGCCCGUCUGUAAGCUCCAGGGAAAGGCAGAGUACGGCCAGAACAUCAACCUGACCUGUUUGUCUGCGGAGGGCUCCCCAACGCCCACGUAUAAGUGGGCUAGUACGGACGUACGGAGCAUGCCACGUGCUGCACCACACCCUAGAACCACGGACAAGGGUGGUAUCCUGUCAAUGUACAAUAUCACCAAAGACACGUCUGGAUACUUCACCUGCACCUCGAGCAACAAGAUCCGCUCUGCUACCUGCAACAUCACUCUUGCAGUCAUGCCACCUUCCGUUUCCUUUGGUUCCACUGCAAUAAUAGCCAUCGUUGUAUCUGUCGUUGCCUUGACCGCCCUCAUCGUCAUAGUCUAUUGCUGCUGCCGCCACAGGAAGAAGAAGAGGCAGGAGGAGGAAUAUGCCUUGGGAGCCCCUGCGGAAGAGUUCCGCGACAAAGAGCCGCCAAGAAAUGGUGAGCGUCGCCAAAUUGAUAGGGAGGAGGAGACACGUGUUGAAGGUGACCGAAAUGAGGAUCGAAGCGAGAGAGGCUACGACAGUCGCAAGGACAACGACGAACGCCGGAGCGAAUACGAUGAUCGGCGCAGCGACUACGAUGAUCGGCGCAGCGACUACGAUGAUCGCCGCAGUGACUACGAUGAUCGCCGCAGCGACUACAACGACCGCCGGAGCGACUACUCUGACCGCCGUGACAGGUACAGUGAUCGCAACGAGCGCCAUGACGAUGAGCGGAGCACCAAUGAACGCAGAGACCGCCGCGAUGAUGACGACCGUUACGAUGAGCCCUACGAUGAUCGACCACCCGUGCCAAAUAAUAAACCACUGAGGAAGGAUUAUGACGACUAA